AUGCAGACAUUCCAGUUUGGUCUUUUAUUUCUGACUUGCGUUUUCGCUCGCAAAGGCUUUGGUCCGACGGAACAAGAAUGGGGCUUCGUCCAGGUCCGAGCUGGGGCUAAAAUGUUCUGGUGGUUGCACCAAACCAGCGCCAACGUAUCAAGUUACACCGAUCGUCCUCUAGUUAUCUGGUUACAAGGAGGUCCGGGAUCUUCUUCUACCGGAUACGGCAAUUUUGCCGAGCUUGGGCCUUUAGAUGCCGAUUUAAAUCCCCGAAAUACGAGUUGGAUUAACGAAUAUAACGUCCUUUUUGUUGAUAAUCCAGUGGGAACUGGCUAUAGCCAUGUGGACAACCCCAAAUAUUUUGCUACUACAAAUGUGCAAAUCGCUUCAGAUUUUGUCGUGUUGUUGAAAGGGUUUUACGAGGCUGUGCCCGACUUGAAGAACACUCCGUUUUAUAUCUUUUCAGAGUCGUAUGGUGGAAAAAUGACCACAGAAAUUGCACUCGAAAUUGAUGCGGCUAUUAAAAGUGGUUCAUUGGAUGCUAACUUAAUUGGUAUUGGAUUUGGUGAUUCUUGGAUUUCUCCAAUUGAUUCUAUUUUGAGCUGGGGUCCUUAUUUACUAAGUGUGGGAGCAAUCGAUCAAAAUCAAUACGAACUACUACAAGAAACAGCCGAAGAAGCGAAAAAAGCUAUUGAGAACGGAAAAUAUUCAGAAGCUACGGACCUUUUCAAUCAAGCCCAAAUGAUUAUUCAAAUAACGACAGCAAAUAUUGACGUUUAUAAUAUUUUAACCAAAGUUUCGUCCGAUUGGAAUUUUAAAAAGAACUUAAUAAUGCCUGUUAAUGACGAUGUUGAUGACAAAAUUUCGGUUUUAAUGAAUAAUCAAGUGAAAGAAGCUUUAGGUCUUGAUGUUAAUUGGGGAGACCAAUCAGUUGGCGUUUCUGAUGCUUUGCAUGAAGAUAUUACGAAACCGGUUGUUGAAACUGUUGGAAGUAUUUUAAAUACUACCAACAUUCAAGUAGCCGUUUAUAAUGGCCAAUUAGACUUAAUAGUAGAUACUCCAGGGCAAAUGCAAUGGUUAAAUAAUUUGAAAUUUAGUGGUUUAGAAGAAUGGAAGACGGCUGAAAGAAAAACAAUUGGAGUAAAUGAUAUUGUUGAAGGUUAUUACAAAAAAGUGGGAAAUCUUGCAAUGUACUGGGUUGACAGAGCAGGUCAUAUGGUGCCAAGAGAUAAUCCAGCUGCAAUGAACUUCAUUCUGCAAGACAUGACCAAUGGAUCUUGGUACUUUUCAACACAAUAUAUUUUAUCACUUAUAAAGAAUUCCAACAUUUUUUCUCGAAUUCCACCCAAAAUGAAAUCGCUAAUCCUCGUCUUCUUUACCAUAGCCGCCACUUUAGCACGGAAAGGUUUCGGUCCCACUAACCAAGAAUGGGGCUUCGUCGAAGUUCGAGAAGGCGCCCAUAUGUUUUGGUGGUUACACAAAACCGCCGCUAGCGUUGAUAAAUAUACUGAGAAACCUCUUCUUAUUUGGCUACAGGGAGGUCCUGGAGCUUCAUCCACGGGUGACGGAAGUUUCAACGAGCUUGGGCCUUUAGAUGCUGAUUUAAAUCCACGAAAUACGACUUGGGUGAACGAUUAUAAUGUCUUAUUUGUGGAUAAUCCAGUUGGAACUGGGUACAGUUACGUCGACGAUUCGAAAUAUUUUGCUACCAAUAACAGUCAAAUUGCUAACGAUUUUGUUGCUUUAUUGAAAAGAUUUUAUGAAAUUGUGCCUGACUUGAAACAGACACCUUUACAUAUAUUUUCGGAGUCGUACGGUGGAAAAAUGACGGCGGAAAUUGGAUUGCAAAUUUAUCUGGCUACUAAAAGUGGAGAUUUAGAAUGCAACUUAGUAAGUGUUGGUCUUGGCGAUCCUUGGAUUUCUCCAAUUGAUUCAGUCUUGUCUUGGGGUCCGUAUUUGCUCAAUGUGGGCGCCGUUGAUCAAAAUGAGUACGAAAAAGUACAAGCAAAAGCUGAAGAAACUAAAGCAGCCAUCGAAGCUGGUAAAUAUGCAGAAGCUACCGAUUUGUGGGGCCAGGCUGAACAAGUCAUCGGUACUGUUACUGGCGGCAUUGAUUUUUAUAAUAUUUUGAAAAAAAGUGAAGAAGUAGUGCUCAACUCGAGCAACGAUGUUGAUAUUAAAAUAGCUACUUUAAUGAAAAACGAUGUUAAAAAAGCUUUAGGACUUGAUGUUGAUUGGGGUUAUCAAUCAAGAGCAGUGUUUGAUGCUUUGCAUGAAGAUUUCAUGAAACCAGUCACAGAUAUCGUUGAACGUUUGUUAAACGAGACUGAUGUUCACGUCGCUGUUUAUAAUGGACAGUUAGAUUUAAUUGUGCCUACGCCUGGAACAAUCAAAUGGGUCGAUAAGUUAAAAUUUCCAGGUUUGGACCAAUGGAAAAUAGCGAGUAAAUUAGCAAUGAUAGUGGAUAAAAUUGUUGAAGGUUAUUACAAAAAAGUGGGAAAUCUUGCAAUGUAUUGGGUUAACAGAGCAGGUCAUAUGGUGCCAAAAGAUAAUCCAGCUGCAAUGAAUUUCAUUCUGCAAGACAUGACCAGGAGAUCUUAUAGAGAAGAAAUUUAAAAAAAUGCCUUUUUAAAAUUAAUAGAUAAAUUUUUAAAACCAA